AUGGACUCGAAAAGCGGUAAUGAUGAGGGUAGGAAGCACAUUGACGAAAGAGCUGAAACGCGGCUAAAGUUGCUUGCAGGCAGGGAAAUGCAGCAACGCACGCUUUUGAACCUAUACGUUGCAUUGCCCGUCCAAGCGGACCCAUGGACCGUAUUGAGUGUCCAAGUGGGAGACAACAAGACUGAUCGCCCAGUUCUCGACUCUCCGGGAAAGCAGAGCGACCCAGCAUUCGGUCUUGUCAAACUUCAGCUUAAAGCCCUGUUGUGA